UUUUUUAUUGUUUUUUUUUGCGGGAAAAACAGUUAGCUGGCUAGCUACUCAACCAAAAAUAACGUAUCGGUUUGUGUACGUAUUUCUGAAAUACCUUUUCUCAAACGCAUUCUUAGUUAAUGUUCAAGUGGCACGAACCCCAGCACCACACAGCUGACUUCGAACUGUCAAGAAUGGAGAGUUUACUUGUCAAAGAGAGUCCGCUGUUGUUACCACUCAACAAGGAGAAAACUGUCUAUGAUGGAUUUAUCACGGUUCAGGAGAGAGACUUCAGAAUAAGAAUACUGCUUCCACCAGAUCAUCAACUUAAACUGGCUAAGCUUCAAUGCUGCUGGCAGUUGAAACAGCUAUUGUGUGGAUAUGGACACAUAGUAAAACAGAGAUUACAUCACUCUCCUGAUCUAGUCAGCUUUGUUCUGGAGCUGAAGACUGUCCUGGAAGUGGCCCUCAAGUGCAGGCCAGAGUGUCGCUCCAUCCCCCCUCCACAGUACUACUCUCAGCUCAUCAUUGAGAUGGAGGACCUGGGAUGGGAUAAGCUGGUGUCCAUUGACACAGAGUUCCGCACACUGAGACUGAGGGCUGAGGACUCCUCAGGGCGACAGCACAUCGUCACCGUCAAACUGAAGCCCAAGCACCCUGUAGAGGCCCCAUGGUGCUCCGCAGACCUACCUGUUCCACUGGCCAUGACUUGGACACCACAGAGUUCUCUGGGUCAUGUUCACACUCAGUUCCUGCUGCUUCUAGAGUCUCUGGCUGAGUUUUGGGCGGUUCUAGAUGAGAUCGAUGAAAAGACCUGGGUUCUAGAGCCAGAGAAACCCAGCAGAGCCGACACCAUGAGGAGGAUUGCCAUCGCAAAUAACGUGUCCAUAAAAGUGGAGGUUGACACACAACACCCAAAGAUGUUGCCAGAGUGCUGCCUGCUUGGAGCUGAGCAUGUGGUAACACCUUUGAGGAACAAGCUGAAUGCCAACAUGCAUUUAUGGAACCCGGACUGCAGCAUCUUGCAAAACCUCCGGGAUGUUUUGGAGAUAGAAUUCCCAUCACCUGCCACCCACGAAAAAUCUAGUUUCAGUGCGGAGUGUGGGAUCUGUUACGCCUACCGUCUGGAGUCGGCCAUUCCUGAUCAGGUGUGCAACGACCCUCGCUGCGGCCAACCCUUCCACCAGGCCUGUCUGUACGAGUGGUUGCGUGGACUACCUUCCAGUCGCCAGAGCUUCAACAUAGUGUUUGGAGAGUGUCCCUACUGCAGCAAGCCCAUCACAGUGAAGAUGUCCACCCAGAAACCCUGAGAGCUGACUGAAGCCUGGGCAUAGAGCUAUAUGGUUUAACAUGAGCCUCAGCAAAUCCAUAAUACAUCUCAUCUAAUGUAUAUCGUCUCACUCACGUCAUGACACU